AUGACUGCUCCAUUGAUUGUUUCCUUUGGUGAAAUGCUUAUCGACUUUGUCCCUGACACUUCUGGUGUCUCUCUAGCUGAGUCCACCGGUUUUCUCAAAGCCCCCGGUGGUGCUCCGGCUAAUGUUGCCUGUGCCAUCUCAAAACUCGGUGGCAAAUCUGCUUUCAUCGGCAAGUUUGGUGAUGAUGAGUUUGGACAUAUGCUUGUGAACAUUUUGAAGAAAAACGGUGUAAACAGCGAAGGAGUUUGCUUCGACAAGAAUGCAAGAACUGCUUUAGCCUUUGUGACGUUGAAGAAAGAUGGAGAGAGAGAGUUCAUGUUUUACAGAAACCCUAGUGCUGAUAUGCUCUUGAAAGAAUCUGAGCUCAACAAAGAUCUCAUCAAGAAAGCCAAGAUUUUCCACUACGGCUCCAUUAGCUUGAUCUCUGAGCCCUGUAGAGGAGCUCACAUGGCUGCCAUAAAAACAGCUAAAGAUGCAGGGGUUUUACUCUCUUACGACCCGAAUGUUCGGUUGCCUCUUUGGCCUUCCACUGAAGCUGCCAUUGAAGGCAUCAAAAGCAUCUGGAAUGAAGCUGAUGUCAUCAAGGUAAGCGAUGACGAGGUAGAGUUCCUCACCAGAGGAGAUGCACAGAAGGAUGAGGUUGUUUUGACUCUGAUGCAUGAUAAGCUGAAGCUGCUUAUUGUAACUGAUGGAGAGAAAGGUUGCAGAUACUACACAAAGAAAUUCAAAGGGAAAGUGCCUGGAUACGCUGUGAAGGCAGUUGAUACAACUGGAGCUGGUGAUUCUUUUGUUGGAUCUUUUCUUGUAUCAUUGGGAAAAGAUGGCUCCAUUCUUGAAGAUGAAGGGAAAUUGAAGGAAUCUCUUGCAUUUGCAAAUGCUUGUGGAGCUGUGUGUACAACUCAGAAAGGAGCUAUUCCUGCACUUCCCACUCCAGCUGAUGCUCAACAGCUCAUGAAAUCUAAGUCCAAAUAG